AAAACUGCGGUAGCAUUACAUACGUACUCUGGUAUAAGUCAACAUUAAUUUUAUUAUGAUGAAUCAAGCUUGGGACUCUUACACUAGCGUCUUGCAGGGUUUAAUUUGUGAACUUAAACAAUCGAUAAGUACUGCUAUUUCUAAUUCCGUGACGGAAACAAAUACAAAUGAAUCUAUAGGCGGUGAAACGACUAGUCGGACUAUGAGUAUCACUGAGACUGAGAGGCAUGCUCGGCUUGCAAUCACAAAACAAACGUCCCGGCUGCAGAACGGAGAUUUCGUGGUAUUCAUAAAACAAGUUAUUCCUGAUAAGAUUGGAGAUCACCUGCUUGGUAAAUCUAUAGAAUGGAAACUACCAAUCAGAAAUUGCAUUACAAAGGAACACACACUUGCCGUCUUUCUCAACAGAAAGGCUGCCUUUCAGCAUGGCAUUCGAGAUGUGCUGCAGGCUGGAGAGAAGUACAGCAUGUCGGCCCAAGGCAAGGCAGGAGUAGCACUUGUAAAUGCGCACGCAGCGGAUGGAUCCGCUAAUCUGACGCAACUCCGAGAGAUGCUCUUGUGUUUGCACGUGCAGCGCCUUCUGCAUGCAAAUGGGUAUGACGUCCACAUGUGUGGUGACACUGUCAUUCCUCAGCUGCAUUCCAUGUUUGGCUCAUCACCUCAAGGCUCUGAUAAUUCUGCAGUGGAGGUUAAGCAAGACAGCAGAGAAAAGUUGCUGAAUGUGGCAGUGGAAGCUUCGCCAUUUAAGCUUAAGAAUGAGCCACAGCACAGCACUGAGUCUACAGAUACUCUGCAACCAUUGGCACUUAGUGCCCAAGAGUUUAUCAAACAGGAAGGUUUACUCACUGGAGGGCAGCACUAUAGCAAGAAUCUUGACAUCCUUACUGUGAAGCAGGGGCAAACAUGGACUCCAGCAUUUCACGAAGUCAUUCGUCUAGAUUCUCAGCAAAAUCUUCUAAACAACAAGGACGUGGCAGUUGUUGUACACGUGGCGAGUGCAGAGAAGCAGUAUUAUCAGCAGCAGGUUGACAUCUUAUGGAGAAUGCUAUGUGAGAUCUCUGUACCACAGGUGCACCUGACUCAUGCAUCUGUCACCUGCCAGAAGGGAAGAGGAUUGGCUAAAUCAACGACUGCUUCUGACUUAAUAAAGCUAAGAACUGAGCAAAUGAAAGAAGCCUAUGUUGUGAAGUAUGGGGAUGUAGUGAAAGGUGCCGAAUGGGAUGACACAAUCCAGGUAGCAGCAAGUGCCAUCGUCAAGUUUGAGAUGCUUUCUACAUCUUCAAAUACAAGUGUUAAGUUGGAUCUGCUGCAGACUGGCGGGCUCAUCGGCAGUAAGGGCGGCGCGUUUGUGCUCUACAACUACGCACGCCUCUCCACACUGUUCCAACACCACGAGGAGGACGUCGAAGCAGGUUACUACCCAGCAUUACCAGAUUUUGAGGAUGUAGAUACAAGCUUGCUGGUGGAGGAGGAGGAGUGGUCACUGCUGUUUAACUACAUACUACCGUUCCCGACCCUGGUGAAAGACUGCGUUGGGGAAUUCCACGCCAACUCUCCACACGCAAAUAUAUACACACAUAAGAUAUGCAUCAUUCCUUCCAAGCAUCUCGAGAACUGAGUGUGUACUUACAGCCGCGUGCACAGUGCAUCGUGGAACCAAAGACGCAUAUGAUGCCGACGAUGGCCCGGCCGCGUCUGUACUUGCUGGCAGCGCUGAGCAGGUGAUGAGAUAAUGCGCAUCGCGUAUACUCGGACAUACCGUGGCGCUCCUCUCAGAUGGUUGAUCGCCACGUUACUCGAC